AUGGCAUCCAAAGAACUCAGAAUCGGUGUCCUCCUCACCGACCCUGUUCAGCUCCUGGACUUCGCGCCCAUCGAUCUCUUCAGCAUGGCGACUCCGGAAUACCUCGAAAUCUGCAAAAUCCCACCGCCGAUAGUAUCUCUAGCCAAGCCCUGCAAAAUCCAUUUCAUAGGCAAAAAGUCAUCUGCAGCCUCGUCGGAAAAUACAAAUGCAGUUCAAGAAGUAACUGCUACUUCCGGUGUCCGCCUUACCCAUACCACCGCCGACGAGGAGGUUUCUCCAGGGAAUCUGGAUGUUUUGUUCCUUCCAGGCCCCGACCCAAAUAAUAAACCGGACGACGAGGUCAAAGAAUUCCUUCAGGCGCAUAAUAAGCACAAGACAACCAUUUUGGUUGUUUGCACUGCUGCUUUUGUAGCCGGAUAUAGCGGUAUUUAUGAUAGCAGACAUGUCACCGGCCCGAGAUUCUUGAUUCCGGACUUGAGAAAGCUGUUUCCAAAGACUGAAUGGGAUGAAUCUGUGCGAUGGAAGCAGGAUGAACAUAUUUGGACGGCAGGCGGCAUCACGAACGGAAAUGACCUCGUUGCGGCGUAUCUUCGAGCGACUUAUCCCAGUUCUGUCGCAGAGACAGUAUGCACCAUGGCCGAAAUAGGUGAUCGUCCGAUGAAGUUUGAUGUUGGGUUGAAGCGGAGUAUGUUGUACAUUGUGUGGCAGGUUUUGAAAGCUCUUCCCUCGUACUUGUUCCGAUCCAAGUGA